GUGUAGGGUUUCCUGCCCGAGCAGGGGGUUGGACUAGAUGACCUCCAAGGUCCCUUCCAACUUUACUAUUAUUAUUAUUAUAUUGGACAACCAUUUGUCCAGGAUGGAAUAAAGUCUCCUGUCUUGGACAGGAGGUUGGAGCAGAAGACCAUCAAGGUCCCUCCCAGCCCUGUGAUACUAUGAUUCUACCAUCCUGCUCCACUUCUCACCUUGUCAAGUUGAUUAUUAUGUGUCUGUAAGAUCCGUAAAUAUUCUGGAGCGCCACUGUUCUGAAAGAGCCAACAUGAAGAAACCUGAGGGUGGCUUCUGGAAAACCUACUUGUACAAGACAGGUGAUGACGUCUUGGAAAUGGCGAUGGAAACGAAGGAUGUGGUUGACUCACAGAAGUUUAGUAUAUUUAAGGCCUGAAAUCCUAAACAAAUCUAUGGGGUGCUGAGACUCAUCCAUGGCUUCCAGAAUUGAGGAUCAUGUCGAUGCAGCUCCCUUUCCUUUGCUGAAUAAAAGGCAGAGAUUUAUAUAUGUUUGUUUGCAGUCUUAGAGUCAUCUGAAAUGGCUGGAAAGUGUUCCCUUCCCUGACUUGUUAUAGCUUCUUCCUGGUCUCUUUCAGCCAGUUUAAAAAAGGCAUUUUUGUAACAUGCUGUGUAAAAAAAUCUAUAUGAUUCCCUAAGAGUGAGAAUCCCUGGAUGGCACAUUAUCAAUCAACCAUUUGAUUAAUCAAAUGGUUGAUUGAUAACAUCAUUAACAUCAAUUAAUGUUCACCCUUGUCCACUCAGUUACAAGACAGAGAUGGACAACUUCCAUCACCCUAGGCUCAGGUGAGUUUUAGGGUUUUGAUUUUCCUCCAUCUCAAGAAAGCUCAGCCCCAUUGCACAAAAUUGGAUUUCCAAGUCAACCAGUCUUCCAAUCUGUUUAGUCCUGUCCCAAACAAGUUCAGCACUGCUCAAUGUUAUGAUUAGUAUCCAACUAUCUGAGAACUCUUAGACUGUAUCCAUGACAAGAGCAAGGGAUAUAAAUACAAUACAAUCCUUAAUUUUCAUGGAUGGAGGAGGCUAUUUUCAAAGAAAGUUCUGAUCUAAAUAUUGUUAUAAUCCUUCAUGCAGUUGGGGAAUGUGCACAGUCAGGAGGAUCAUUUAAAGGCAAAACAGCAUCUGCAGGAAACUUGCAAAUAGUAGGGAUGAGAUAAACAUUCUUCAUCUUGUCCAUUGAUGAAAUUCUUGGGUUCACAAACUGGGGUACUGUUGUCUUAUUUAUAUUUUAAUUUUAAGGGCUUUUUUAAAAGUGCUUUAAGCCACUGAUCUUAUGUCAAGGGAGACCCACGCAUAAGAUCAAUGGCUUGAGGUGACAAUUUGAGUCUUAUCUUUCAAAAUAGCCUUUAAAAAUAAUCACCAAAACGUUUGAUCCUAUCCAUUCUGGGACUGGAAAAGGGAUCUGCAGACUGUGGACACUGUUUGAUGUUCAGCAUUUGUAUUGAUUACAUCUGGUAUCUGAUACAACUGUAGCAACUCUCAGCUAUCUUUUUGAUAAAGAGCAAGUAAUAGGCAAGAAAGUAAAUGGAGUAAAUUUUUAAGUUUCCAUCCAUACACUAUAAUUCCCUUGUGGUUGUUAAAGCAUGAGAUGGUGAAAAGCACUGCCAGUGAAUAUGGACCUCCAGUCAUUUUCAUGGAGAGCACUAAUUAAGUUUAAUCCAGAUUACUGGGGACAAAAUUCAAGACCCACUUCAAAUAUGGGAAUCAAUUGAUCUGCUGGACUGCUGACAGUUGUUGGAACCAGAUUCCUUUUGUGUCAUUACUUGUUCUAAUUUGUAUAGACAAUGAACAGGGAAAUUUCAUGGGAAAACCAAAGCUACCAAAGAGAAUUCAUCUUGCUGGGAGUGGCUGACCGGCCACGGUUGGAGAUGUUGCUCUUUGCCCUUGUCCUGGUCUGCUACUUGAUGACCAUCUUGGGCAAUACAACCAUCAUUGUGGUCUCAAGACUAGAUCCAGGGCUCCAUACCCCCAUGUAUUUCUUCCUCAGCAACCUUUCCUUCCUUGACCUCUGCUUCACCACCAGCCUUGGGCCCCACAUGCUGAUGAAUUUCUGGAGAAAAAGCAAGACUAUCACUUAUGGCGGCUGUGUGGCUGAGCUCUACAUUUCCCUUGCUCUGGGCUCCACGGAGUGUACUUUGUUGGCUGUCAUGGCCUAUGACCGCUAUGCAGCCAUCUGUCAUCCACUACGCUAUACUACCCUUAUGAACCACUCUCUGUGUUUCACAAUGGCUGCUGUCUCCUGGAUAAGUGGCUUCAGCAACUCACUAGUUCAUACAGUGAUGAUUCUUCGGCUUCCACUGUGUGGACAGAAUCAAGUGAAUCAUUUGUUUUGUGAGCUCCCAGCCUUUCUUAAAUUGGUUUGUGUUGACAUUUCCCUUAAUGAAAUUGUGAUGUUUUCUACUAGCGUGGUGUUCCUCCUAGUACCAGUUAGUCUCAUCACAAUCUCAUACGGCUAUAUAGCCUCUGCAGUGCUGAGGAUUCGCUCAGCUGAGGGAAGGAAGAGGGCCUUCAACACUUGUUCCUCCCACUUGAUGGUGGUCUGGCUCUUCUAUGGCACAGCCAUCUUUAGUUAUCUCCAGCCUCUAUCCACUUCCUCCCAUGAUCAACGCAAGAUGAUUUCCCUUUUCUAUACCUUUGUCACCACCAUGCUUAAUCCACUGAUCUACACUCUGAGGAACAAAGAAGUGCAUAAAACUCUCCAAAGACUAAUCAAGAAGAAUAAACCCAUGGAUUGAAGCAUCCAAAGCAUCUGAAGGUUCAACAGAAAUGCUGUUUGUUUGUUAUUCUUGCAAUAAUUUUCAUUGUAUUCUCUAUUUCAUAAUAGGCAUGUCUUAUUAUCUAGGUACCACAGUACUACACAAGACUGUAAAAUUAAAGAAUAUACAAACCCCAAAACUGACAAUCAGAACUUAUUUUCUGAAAUGUGUUUAGCUUGUCCUGGAUAACACACGUCUUGUGUCAACUCUGUCCCUUGAUGUUUCAGAUGUUUUGUUCCCCUGUGAAAAAGGCAUCUUCUGAAGUUCUUGCAAUUUUCUUUUAAUGAGAAUUUGAACUAACGUUAUUAUUCCACCCUUGCAAAUCUUGAUUGCAUUGUGGCUUUUGCCAGGCCAAAUCCUUCUAGUCUUUUGGGACACUCCUAAUUACUCAAUAUAAAAAAAAGAGUUUCUUCAUGAUUUUCUUCCCUUAUGAGACCAGUUCCUAAACAUUUUCUUUAUGCAGAGUGUGGCAUUGCUAUCAUGAGUUUUUGAGGACUAUUAUAUAAUCCAGAAUCAUCAAUACAAUUUUUUGGGAGUCCCUAUAUACAAUGGCCCUUCCAUGAUGUCUACAGGGCGUAAACAGUUGUCAUUAAUUGAUUUGAUAUGAAACAUGCCUAUGCUGCUUGCCAUUUUAAAAUAAAGUUGGAAAUGUUUUGAAAUUACAUCUGUUGGUUACAACAAUUAAUAAAAUAUUUUAUGAAAUGCAGAAUAAAAUGCAGAAUGAAAUAAA